GUAGCAAUGUCUACAGUUCAGCAUCUGAGAGAGGUUAUCCAGGAGAGAUUAACUACUGCUGCAGAAGAAAUCUUCUCAGAGUUUGCAAAAACGAUCGUCCGGUAUGAGGAAGAGAUCAGUCAGCUAAGACUGCUGAAUAUCAGACCCGGGAUAAAGUCACACAAUACAGGUCUGGAUGAUCAGCAGGUCUGUGAUCAGGAGAGGAGCUCCAGUCUCCACCAGCAGGACCCAGAGCCUCCACAGACUAGAGAGGAACAGAAGGAAAUGUGCAGCAGUGAGGAAGGAGAGCAGCUUGAACUGAAGCAGGAGGCUGAAGGCAUUAAUGUGUGGACUGGUGAAGAGGUGGAUUUGUUGUGGAAAUCUGGAGUAAAGCUGACCACAGUAGACCUCCCACAGCAACAUAAUUGUAAGGAAAAUGAGGAUCUAGAUGACCCGCAGGUCUGUAGCCAGGAGAGGAACCCCAGUCUCAACCAAGAAGACCCGGAACAGGAGGAAAUGUACACCAAUCAGGAAGGAGAGCAGCUUGCACGUAACCAGGAAACCAAAGGCAUCGUCGUCUGGACUGGGCAGGAACUAGGCAUCAUGUGGAACCCUGAAGUAAAGUUAAACAGAAUAGAUCUUCCACAGUGUGACUGUAAGGAUGAGGGAGGGCUCACAGAUCAGCAGGUCUGUAACCGGAAGAACAACUCCACUCUGGACCAGGAGGAUCCUUCGCAGAUUAAAGGGGAACAGGAGAAACUCAGUACCACUCAAGAGGGAAAACCGCAUGAAGCAGGUAUGGAGGAGAUCCAGGCUCCAGACAUGCAGAGACCCCCAGUGCGCAAGAGUUCACGGAAGACCAACAGAGGGGCAACCAUGCCACCCUUCCGGAAAGAGCUGAGAAGAGCUCCAGACGAGGGGUCACCCCAGGUCCCUGUGGAGCCCGGAGUCCACACCUGCCUCGUUCAUCUGUUCAUCAUUGCCGGCAAUCAUCAGGUGUAUUUAACAUCAGCGUCUCCUCCAGUUCUCUGCCAGUCUGUCAGCUAUCCUAUGGUUGUCACCAGGCCAUGA